ACAAACGAAUAAACGCUGAGGAAGUAGACCUGUCCGAUGUCAACUUGCCAUGAUAUGCAAAUUCAGUCCAAAAUAUGUCAUAUUUCUUCCAUGCGUAAAGAAUAAUCGACAAGAAGUGCUGUAAGCAGUCAUGCCAGCUCAGCCUGCUGCCAGAGAUCCAGAGGAGGAGAUGGAGACUGAGGCAGACCCCGACAUUCCUCAUACCAAUGGUGAGGUGGAGGAGGAUCAAGAAAGAGAUGGAGGAGAGGCUGAGGAGACGAUGGAAGAGAGUGGAGAGGAAAGGGACAGUGACUUGGAGGAGAGUGAGCCAGAGGAGGAGGAAGAAGAGGAAGAGAGUUCAGAAAUGGAUGAUGAAGAUUGUGAGAGAAGACGAUCACAGUGCCUGGAUGAAAUGUCAGACCUGGAAAAACAAUUCCUGGAGUUGAAAGACAAGCUUUUUCAAGAGCGUCUAAAUCAAGUUAAAUUAAAAUUGGACGAGGUUUUGACAGGAAAGGCAGGGGAGUACAGAGAACCUUUAGCAACACUGCAGCAGAAUCUACAGCAGAGGACACAAGUAGCAGGCGUAUAUAGAGAACUUUGUCUGCAAGUGGUCAGACACAAGCAUGAGUGUGAAGUACAGGGUGCAAGACAACAUCUAGAGAGUGAGAAGACACUUUUGUUUGAUGCCAUUAAGACAGAACUCCUGGAGAAGAUCCGCAGACUGGAGGAGGACAAACAGAGCAUAGACAUCACCUCAGAGUGGUGGAAUGAUGAAGUGAGGAUGAAGAAGUGUAAAAGAAGGAGUCACCUGAUUCGCUCAGACCGGAAGAAGAAGGCGGCACUUGUGUCAGGGCCCUAUAUAGUGUAUAUGCUAAGAGAAACCGACAUACUAGAGGACUGGACGGCCAUCAAGAAGGCAAAAGCUGCACUGAUGCCCCUGAAGAAGAAAGCAGACAGGUCGUAAUAACAGGGAUCAGCGCAGGAGAGGUCUGGUUCAAGCGCACAGAUGGCACCAAAACCAAAAUCUACAUCUCUUAACUUCAGAAAGGCAAAUGCGCCAUAUGAAAAGCUUAGAGAAGAUAAAUUACACUCAGAGAGUGUGUGAGCCUACCCUUUAAUAAUUACCAAAUAACACACACAUUUACAGUACCAACACACUUGUAGAACAGCAUCUAAUGCUAUGCGCUGGUAUUGAACAGACCAGAGGGUGUUAAUUAUGUCUUCAGUGACUUUUGAUCUCAGAUCAAUGUUGCCCUUUUUGAUUAGGUUUUCCUGAUGUUAUUAUUAAAAGGAGUCAGAUCAGCUUUGCUAAUGGCAAGUAUGUAAAGCUGAAUUUCAUAACAUAACACAAACACAACAUGGGCAUACAAAAUCUGUUUGACCAAAUGCACAUAGACCAUAUGAAGCCUUUCUUUGCUCCCAGCGGGAAUCUUGAUGUCAAAACCACACCAAAAUACAUGUCAAAAAUGCUAAUCGAUUUAAUGUCAAAACCUUGAUUGAUGGCCUUUUGGUCACAAAAAUAACGACACAAAAUUAUUACAAUAUAAGAAAAGUUCAGCAAUUCGUCUGAAAAUUCCAAACUGACACUGGAGUUUGCAUUCCUAUAAAAUCGAAUUAUUUUUAUUGUCUUAUUCCCAUCAGAUGUGUGCUACGUGUGAUAGAGGAGUGAAUUUCCAAAAGUGUAAAGCGCAAAAACAGAUUAAAAAAAGAACAGAAUUUUAAGUAAAACCUUGCUCGCAUCAUUUUGGAGCUACAACGUAUGUCAACUACCUUAAUGUCAAAACAAAUUGAUCUUAUUGGUGUCAAAAAACAAGAACUAUGAUAGUUUUUGACAUAUUUUUACACCAAUGUUAGAUGUCAAUUUAAAGGGGACAUAUUAUGCUUCUUUUUACAAAAUAUAAAAUAAGUGUCUGAUGUCUCUAGAGCGUCUAUGUGAAGUUCCACUCAAAAUAACCACAAAUAAUGUUUUAUUACUCUUUGAAACUGCUGCUUUUAGGCUUUGAUCCAAACAGUGCUGUUCUGGUGACUGUCGCUUUAAAUUCAAAUGAGAUUGUGCUCCUUUCAGAAGAGGGUGGAGCUACAAAUGCCUAUGUAUCAGCAUAGUGGCCGAUUUAAAAACAAGACUAACAUCCUAUACUAAUGAGGGAGAGAUUGUCUAAUGGGCCACUAAUGGGCGGGGCUUUUCCCCUCUGAUGACAAGUACAAAGGGAGAAUGUUUACCAUUAGAUGCUGGUUAUAUUCACAGACUGUUGUUACAUAACUGUGUUUAAACUCCUUAUAAAAGGGAUUUUUGUAUAAUAGCUUCCCUUUAAUGUUGUUUUGACAUCAAUGUAGUAAGUUGACAUGAAAUGUAUUUGCGGGCUUGUUUAUUUAAUGUCUUUUUGACAUCAAGUUGCCCUCUGAUAGCCUACUGUUAGUUCCUCACACUGAAUACAUUCAAAAUACUUCAUACUGACCUUAUAUGAAGACUGAUGGAUAUUUGGGUUCCUCUGGGUUUGUUUAUCUUUAUGCUUUAAAAUGAUUAUCAAACUCUACUUCAUGUGCACUAAAAACAAUACAUGGACGAGAAAAGACUGCACUUACAGAACAUAUCUUAUUUUUAUCUUGUGCUGUAAAAACUGCUUCUUUAACCUGGUCUGUGAUCUGUUUUUAACUGCUAAUGGUUUGUAUAUUACAAGAAAGCUGAGAUCAGGACACCUUAACAUGUUGUGUGUACCCAGAACACACAAACAACAAAUCACACCUUUAAACAUGAUUGCACUCAGAAAAACAAGAGAUGUAACUUUUUUUCAGUACUUUGAGAACUGUUAUUGUAAUACAUAGUAUUUAUAGACAUCUGUAAAUUGAUCUGAAACAGAGGGUGCUUUUUAAAACUUAUUUAUAAAGUGUUGGAGAUAACCAUGUAUUUAUAACAAGAAGCAUUAUUAAAAUCUUUUAUUACA